AUGGACAGCAUGACCCGCACCGUGAAAUAUCAGAUGGAGGCCGAGAUGUCGCAGGGAAGACGAGACGUUAAGAUGAAGCUAGGCAACCUGCUCUUUCGCAUCAUCACGCAUAACAUUCGAUAUGCAACCACUUCGCCGUCUGCGGGCGAGGAGCCGUGGAGUGUACGCGCACCACACAUGCUGAACGAGCUCCAAUUCCACUCCCGUCUGAACCCAGAGAGCUUCAUCUGUCUGCAGGAAGCUCUGCACAACCAGGUCACCGACGUCGUCGCCGGACUCAACUCCAACACGGCCAACGAAUGGGCCUACAUCGGCGUGGGCAGGGACGACGGAAAGCAGGCUGGAGAGUACUCGCCCAUCUUCUACCGCCCUGGCGUCUGGGAACUGAAGCAAAAGGAAACCGUCUGGCUGUCGCAAACGCCCACCGUCCCCUCAAAGGGCUGGGAUGCUGCCUCGAUCCGCAUUGUCACUAUUGGAGUCUUCAAGCACCGCGCAACCAGCAAGACGAUUCUCGCCAUGAACACCCACAUGGACGACCAGGGCUCACAGUCGCGCUACGAGUCGGCCAAGUUGAUCCUCAAGCUCAUUGCCAAGUAUCUCGACGGGAACCAUGACAUAUCUGGGAACUUUCUGGCGGGCGACUUCAACAGCGAGGAGAGCCAGGAGGCGUACAAGGAGUUCACCAAACCGGGCUCCCUCAUCGUCGACACGUACAAGAAGGUCCCCAAGGCGCAGCACUAUGGAAACGAGAUCACCUUCACCGGCUUCAAGAGGGGGGACGAGGGCGGUCGCAUCGACUAUGUGAUGCUUGGUCCCCAGAAGAACUCGGCUAUCCCCUGGACCGUCAAUGGCUAUGCUGCCCUUCCUAAUAAGUUUGACAACGGCGUCUUCAUCUCAGACCACCGCGCCGUCGUAGCUGACGUCUCCCUUCAUUAG